AUUGAUGAUGAUAGUGGAGGUGUAGUUAGAAAGUUUUUUAGUGUAAUUUUCAUUUCCAAACUAAAUGCCCUUUGUUCCCGUACUCUGGUGGUGCUUAUCGCGCCAAACGGUCUCAUCAGUUCCAUAGCCAAUUGAUGCUUGUCUUGCAUUCAAGCUCGCCACCUCUAAGCUCGCAGUGAUCAGCAAGGUCGUCGUGACUGUCAAGUUCAUCGCCCACCCGUGCGUUCUGCCUCCCCAUGGCCACAACCUAACUCUUUGUCAAAUUGCCAAGUUUGUAAGUUGUGGGACAGAAGGAGCCUGUUCCAUUCAAAGCCCAGUUGACAGUUUCAUUGUUUUUGAGAGAGAAGAUGCUGCCAAGGGCAUUAUUGGCUAGAUUCAUUCAAAAAUCAUCCACCGUUUCUCCUUUCCAAUUCAAUCAACAGAGAGCAUUGCAUAGCAGGAAUAAGAAAGCAUUGGAAUUCAUUGCUAAAGGCUGGAAUGCUUUGAAGGAGGUUGAUAGAGUGAUAGAUUAUUGCGAGCUCAAUGAUAAGCGCCUCAUUCCUCUUCUCAGGACAGCUAAGGAGAAUUUUGAGCUUGCUUUGGAAGCUGAUAACACCAAUACCCAUGCUAGGUAUUGGUUGUCCAGAUUGCAUAUGAAGUACCAUGUUCCAGGAGCUAAUAAAGCUGUAGGUGCUGCAUUGUUGGUAGAAGCAGCAGAAAUGGGUGAUCCUGAUGCACAGUAUGCAUUGGGUUGUCAUUUAAGAGUUGAGAAUGAUUAUGUCCACUCUGAUCAACAAGCAUUUAAUUAUUUGGAGAAAGCUGUGGACCAGUUGCAUCCAGGUGCUCUAUACCUUUUGGGUGCUGUAUAUUUGACAGGCGACUGUGUCAAGAAAGAUAUUGCUUCUGCAUUGUGGUGUUUCCACAGAGCGUCUGAGAAGGGCCAUGCUGGGGCAGCUAUAGCAUGUGGAUCUCUUCUUCUUAAGGGUGUUGAGGUUCCAGAAUCGUUAACAAAGUUCAGUAAGAAGAGAGGUGCAGCAGCUCAUAGACGAGGGAAGAGUAAGGGAAGUGUUGCAAUUGACCCGGUAGAGAUGGCAAGAGAAAAGUUUGAAAUAGCUGCAAAAGCUGGGUGUGAGCUUGGAUUCAAAUGGCUGGCAAGGUUGGAGGAGGAAGAGAGACGGGUACUCACAGAAGGACAUUGAGAUAAGAUUGAGAAGUGCGGUGCUUUUUUGUAGCAGAACCUCAUAUCAAUAUCAUUUAGCUUCUGAGUUAUCGAUGAAAAGCAAUGGAUUAGUGAUAUUUUAGCAAGAGCUAAGCUCAAAAGGUGCCAUUUCAUUAUAAAUGUGAAAAUUCCAAAAUGUGUCAUUUCAUAUUUCAAUGUUGGAAAAUCGAUCCUGAAAAUACCAGGUCGAGUCCCUGUAUCUUAGGGUACAUCUUAUAAUUACUACAAUAGAUUUGAUUGAUGGAUGCCUAAUGUGAGAAUGGUACUCAUUUUAAACUAUUUAGAAAAUAAGUAUGGGAAUCUGUUACAUUUUUAUCGGUAAGAAUUCAGAUAUUUUGAUGUUCCAA